CAAAGAAGGUGUAGAACCAACUCUGGAGUUUGUGCUGACCAAGAAAGACAUAACUAGAACUGGAGCACCAACUACUCUUUUGGUUUUCAAUAAUGAGGAUAGUUGAAGUCCCAAGCUCCCAUAUUGUGAUCAUUGAGGGCAUCUAUGCUUUGAGUGAAAAGUUGCGGCCUUUAUUGGAUCUGCGAGUAUCUGUCACAGAUUAGGACAAGGAUGAUUGAGAUGGUAUCUCAAGGCUCGGCUACCUUGGAGGUUUCACUUAAACACUCGGGGUCACUUUUUAUGUACGCUGGUAAUGAGGGUGGUGCUUAUGCCAAAAACAGCUUUGGUAAUAUAUAUACAGCUGUUGGUGUAUUUGUUCUUGGACGUAUGUUACGUGAAGCAUGGGGAUCUGAAGCAGCAAAAAAGCAAGCAGAGUUCAAUGAUUUCUUAGAGAGGAACCAUAUGUGCAUAUCAAUGGAGCUCGUAACUGCAGUCCUAGGAGACCAUGGACAGUGUCCAAAUGAAGAUUUUGGUACUGAGUGUUUUUCUUCUCUCCUUUUUCUUUCUUGUGAUUUAAAAGACUUUAUACGUUCUCUCUGCUACUAUCCUUAAAAGAAUGGGAUACACAAUUGGAUACACAAUUGCUACUAU